AUCAAGCUACAAUCAACAUAAGUAUAGAUCAAGCUACAAUUAAUGUGAGCAUGAAUCAAGCUACAACCGACAUGAGCAUAGAUCAAGUUGCAACUGAUAAAGACUAUGAAAAGUAUAGCCUACAACUUCAAGCUGCUAUUGAGAAGCUUGCUAAAAAAUAUGGUACUGCAAAAGCUAAAUCUAUCCUAGCACUGACAUCUUUUCUCUAUAAUAUGAAUUAUGAUACUGAUCUACUUGUAUAUGUAAAGAGUGGUGCUAAAAUUCUAUACAAGUUAAAUCUGUGA